AUGGUCAGCACUAUAGCCAUCAACAAGCGAGCCUGUAAGGUUGUGAAGUGCUAUGUAACACAUGUCUUCUCGAGGCUCAUUAAUGGGAAAACCUACCUUACAGACGAAUGGACAAAUGUUCGGCCAGGAAUCUUGUCUCUAGUCGGUAGAAAUCUUCACAGAAAUUCGAACCACCCAAUAGGGAUUUUGAGAGAACUGAUUGAAAGCCGAUUCAAGAAUCUGGGAUACACUUUCUACAACGACUUCAAUCCCGUUGUGUCCGUACACGAUAAUUUUGAUGUGUUGGGAUUUCCAGAGAAUCACCCAGGCAGAUCAAGAUCCGACACAUACUAUAUCAAUAAGGAUCUUGUGCUUCGAACACACACCUCCGCCCACGAACCUUUUUGCUUUGAAAAUUGCACCACCCCUGGGUACUUUAUUUCGGGAGACGUGUAUCGAAAAGACGAAAUCGAUCGUACUCAUUAUCCAGUAUUCCACCAGUUGGAAGGUGGUCGGUUAUGGUCUCGAGAAUCUUUGGGGGAUCUUUUAGUUUCCCAAGUGGAGUCUGAUAUCUCGGCGCUCCCAGAACUAGACAUUAUUGUCGAGGAUGACAAUCCAAUCUUUGAUGCAGUACAGAAUCCCAAGCAAGACCACAUGUCAGACUUGGAAACAAAACUAAUUACUAUGCAUCUAAAGAAAACGAUUGAAAUUAUGGUUGACCAGGUUUUCAAUGAAGCUAAAAAAGCAGCCUUGGAGAACGGAGCUAAUGUGUUGAAUUUUAAAGAGCCACUUCGGGUGAGAUGGUUACAAGAUAAAUUUCCGUGGACUACACCUUCUUGGCAGAUUGAGGUCUGGUGGAAUAAUAGUUGGCUUGAAUGUUGUGGUUGUGGAAUUGUUAAGAAUGAGGUUCUUUUGAAAUCUGGCAUAAAAAAUAGCAUUGGUUGGGCAUUUGGAAUAGGUCUGGACAGAAUUGCAAUGCUUCUUUUCGGUAUUCCCGACAUCAGACUUUUCUGGUCCAGUGACGACAGGUUUAAGAAACAAUUUACAGCUAACCAUAUCUCGGUCUUCAAACCGUACUCCAAGUAUCCGGGUUCUGUAAGGGAUAUAUCAUUCUGGCUUCCUGAAAACACCACCGAAGCCUCUCCUCUUCAUGAAAACGACUUGAUGGAGAUUGUUCGUGAAAUCGCGGGUGACUUGGCAGAAAGUGUAAAGCUAAUCGAUGAGUUUGUGCAUCCAAAGACGGGAAAAAGGUCACAAUGCUAUAGAAUCAAUUAUCAAUCAAUGGAUAGAUCACUCAUUACUGAGGAAGUGAAUGCGAUAAAUGAGAAAGUGAGAGAAGCCCUGAGGUCUUCCUAUAAUAUAGAACUUCGAUAG